CUUCCCCAUAAUUUAUGCGAUUUUGUAUCAUAGCUCUCUCUCCGUUUAAGACGUAUAAAUUUUGUUGACGUUCAAACUAAAGUCUUACCAAGUUUAUAGUAAAUAAAGUGUCAAAUCAAGAUCACUAGAUUCAUCAUAAAAUAUGCUUUCAUGGUGUAUCAAUUUGGUACAGUAGAUGACACAAUGUAUACUGAUAUAAGUUUCACAAAGUUUAGAAGAAUUAACGAUGAAUAAAAUUUAUAUUACCUUAGUAUAUUUUGAAAGAAAGGAACAUAGUAGAAAACUUGCAAGGAUUUCACAUAAAUCAGUGCAUAACUACAUAUUUUUUGUCACGAUAGAAUAUCUCAACAUUCCAAACAGCCCAAGAGAUUUUUAAGGUGUUUGGAUUGAGCACAAACUUGCCCUGCCAAUAAUUUGGCUUGCCCUUCACCCCCUCCUCCACCCAGCAAUCCACAUACUCCAACUAACUCUUCAACCCCGCUCGACGGCUCGAGAACUCACGCAUACACAAGCACAGCAGCAUCCAAAGGAAGGGGGCCGAGAAGCCAUCAUGGCGGAGGAGGAGGAUCUAGCGACCGCCGCGGCCACGCCGCGGGUGGUCUGCGCCCUCUCCGCGCUGCUGGAGCGCGUCACGGAGCGCAACGACGCGGCGGCGCCGGGGCCGGGGGCGGAGCUGGCGGCGGCCGCGUCGGCGUUCCGGGCGACGACGAAGCCCGGGAUCUCGGUGCGCGCGUACAUGGCGCGCAUCGCGCGGUUCGCGGGCUGCAGCCCAGCGUGCUUCGUCGUGGCCUACAUCUACCUCGACCGCCUCCUAAGCCGCCGCCGCCGCGCCAUCGCCGUGGACUCCUACAGCGUGCACCGCCUCCUCAUCACCGCCGUGCUCGCCGCCGUCAAGUUCUUGGAUGACAUAUGCUACAACAACGCCUACUUCGCCAAGGUCGGCGGGAUCAGCUUGCCGGAGAUGAACUACCUGGAGGUGGACUUCCUGUUCGGCGUCGGCUUUGACCUGAACGUGUCUCCGGAGACGUUCGGAAACUACUGCGCCAUCCUCCAGUCCGAGAUGCUCUGCUUGGAGCUGGAGCCCGUCCUUCCUGCCCCUGCCGCUUCAGGCAGCAGGCUGCUACAUUGCUGCAUAUCUGAAGACGAUGGCACUGACACUAGCACUAGCAGCAGUGGCGGUAGCAGUAGUAGCAGUUGUCAGCAGCAGCUGGCUGCGUAGGUGGUAGAUAGAGGUGGGUUGCUUCCAAGCAAGCGUAUGUACACUGUGAUACUGUGUUGUUCGGUUGGGUACAUGUACAGCGACAUACUUCAUACGUACGGCAAAAAAUGCAUAGGCGUCUCGAAUGGUGUGUUCUGCCGCUGUUGGCCUGUUUGGCGGCGUUGGUUGUUAUGGCACUGUGUGGUGGCCUGAAUGUUUCGCCUCUGCAGAGGGUAGACCGAUUGUGUUUUUUUCUUUUCGAGACAAAGUGUAGACCGAUUGUGUAUAAUGGAGAACGAGUAGCGCGA